GGCUGGCGGCAGCCUUGAAUUCAACCUAAGGCUUUGGUUUCUUGUCAGGCAGCAGUGAACUACAGGCUGGGCUGGUGGCAGAAUUUGCAAGGCCCAGAGCAAAAUUAAAAUGCAGGGCCCCAUUGGAUUAAACAGGAGGAAAAAGUACCACCAAAGGUACUGAAAUAUAAAGCUUUUUCUUUUCUUCAAUGAUGUCUCUCAACUUGCCCUUUUUUUUUUUUCUAUUGAAGAUCAUUCUAAGUAAAAAAACAUAAAUUUAAUUACUAGCAUGGAUUUCACCAUUCUCCUUUAUAUUGUGCAAAAGCCAGAUCUAAGUGCGAACGUGAGCAUUUAAUCCAAGUGAAGAAUCACCGAGUUACAACUGGCAUUUCAUAGCACACAAAACGGCAGACUUGAAUUCAAGCUAGAAACACAUUAAAAAGUCCUCCUGACUAUCACGCUAUCAGGUCUCACCCAGCGUUUUCUAGAGAAAUCCAAAAGAUUCCAAGUCACAAUUGCCACCUACCACCCAUGAGCUAUCCAGGCACCUCAACUUAUCCCAUAAUAUCGUAUCCAUUCAGAACAUCCACAGAGAUAUCUUUGUGAGAUGUGAUGUCAUCUCCCAUCAUUACCCCUCAGCAGAGGGCCUGCACGGUUGUGGACGUUCCCUAGGUGCUGGGCGCACCAGGGUUGUAGAAUGCCACUUUGCGUGUGACUCCCUUGUUAUCUGGUCAUCUGUCUUGUGGCCUCUGGUCCCUCUGUUUUGUUCUGAUGGUAUCACAUCUUUGCCUUUGUUCUGCAUCUGCAAAACCUUCCCUGUCUUCAGCAGCUGAGAUGUACACACACAGCGCUACACAAUUAGAAGUCCCGCUCUCCUGCGCUGGGCCAGGGGACGCCUCUUCCCUCUCUUUGUUCCUGGUGACUCAUACUCCACUUCCAGUUAGGCUUCUGGUACUAGAUUCUUGCUUGCUUGGAAAAUCUAAUUUCCCAUCUUGGCAUCCUGCCUGGAUUUGUUCAUGAAGCUCUUUAAAACCCUCCCGGACUCCAAACAGAUCAGGCUUCCUGAAGCUCUCGUUACUCUCAUCACUGUGGCCAGGGCCAGCUUCAGUCCCCAGGGACCCUGCAUGUAGAAGAGUCCCACACUUGGUUGAUUGCUCUCCUGUGGUUGUCUUGAAAUUCUUAAUCAUUUUAUCUUUGAACUUGUGUUUUGUUAGUGAAAUCUGGCGGGACAAUGGAACACACGGCAAGCUUGGAGUCUCAGUUCACAUUUGGGUCUUACUCGCCCCUUCUCUGCAGGAUGGGGACCCUGCCUGGCCUCUCUCUCUACACCCCUUGACUGUUGACACUCUUCAUGGGGGCAGCAGCUGGGUUGCAUCCAGUGGGAGACUCCCAUGUUGCACUGAUGCCCACCUGGCAUGUGUACAGGGAGGGUAGGCCAGGCAGACUUGGAAGCUGCCCCUGGCCCGCCUCACCCAGGGCUUGGCUAGCUGGUCCAUCGCGGGUGAAGUUUCUAGGUCAGCCUUGAUUCAGGUACAUAGCGUGGCCAGGAGCAGAGGUUUAAAGACACUUCAGCGUCACCAGCACGCCGUGGAUUGGGAUAGCAGAUCCUUGGAAAGGGGAGACUCAGGGUUUGAUUUUCCCAAGCCCAUCCCAGGCUGGUGUGCUGGGUGGCAACAGGAGAGGGUUCCCAGCAUCCUUCAGGUGCAAGUGCAUGUGUGCACCUGUGGGGAGUGGCACUGGCCCUGAGUAUCCCUGUGCAUGAGAGAGUGCUUCUUGAGCUGGCUGUGUGCCUGGGGGGACCCUCUCUUCCUCCUGGCUAUCUUCCUGAGUCUGGUUUGCUUCUUGAGUUUGCUACUUCAAGGCAUGCUCCCAUUUUCAUUUUGACUCGGGGCUUGAUGCUGCCUCAGUGUUUGGGGGGACUGAAGAAUACCCAGUUGUUUGGAUGGAGGGAGACAAAAGCUCCGAGGGAGAGAAGGAAUGAGACCGAUUGGGGGUUCCUUAAAAUGUUUGAAGAAUUCCUUUCUCACCUUGGAGGGAGGAAGACUUUCUAGCUGUAACUCAAAAUAUAGGUGCUAAGGAAGAAAAUACCUUUAAAUCUGAAAGCAUAGAACCCAGAAGUUUCUGCAUGGUUUAAAAAACACAGAUAAAAAUAAAAAAUAAAAAAAUAAUUAAAAAAACACAGAUAGCACAGGCAAAUCAAAGGACAAGUGACAGAGAAAAGUGACAACGGCAGAGAAAAAUUUAAAAAGACGUGAUUCAUAUCACAAAGGGCCAGUUUCCCUCAUACUUUAAAAGCUCCUUCGAACCAGUAAGAAAAGAAAGCAACAGCUCAAUAGAAAAAUGGACAAAGAUACAGACAGUUAACAAGAAAGGAAAUAGCUCUUCCAUAUAUGAAAACAUGCUCAAUCUUACCCAGAAGAAGAGAAAUACAAAAUGAAUAUUAGUCUGAAGACAACUGUGCGUUUAUGAAUUUAUUUUUAGAAAUCCAAGAGCUUGAUGGUUAUCGUGAUCAUAAUCAUUAUCCAUCCCCACAAGCACUUCCUUUGUGGGGAAGCAGAAAUUCUCACACGUCGCAGGCAGUUGUGUACAUUGGUACAGCCACAAGCGGCGAGAGUGUGACCGUUUUGAUCAAAAUUACAAAUGCAGGGACUUCCCUGGUGGUCCAGUGGUUAGGACUCUGCGCUUUCAUUGCAGAGGGCACGGGUUCGAUUCCUGGUCGGGGAACUAAGAUCCCACAAGCCACACGCUGUGCGGCCAAAAAAAAGCAGGAAAAAUUACAAACGGCCCCUUUGUGCCAGGUCUCUUCUGUCUGCCCCUGCAAACCCAGCCUCCACCUUGCCCACCCUUUACUGUGCCCUGGGAUCCUGUCUUGUACGGGUACAGCUGCCCGCAGCCUUGUCCUGUGACUUCUGAUUGGGUUCAGCCAAUGGGGAGCCCCAGGUAAGAGGAGACAGUGAGGAAUGUUUAUCCCUCAGCCCCCUCGCUGCACAGUCACCUAGGAUCGGCUUACAUCCUAGCUCCUCACACAGGAUUCUCUCCUUCCAAAUUCCAGUGUUGAUAUCUUCCCCCUGCGCCUCAAGCCCAGGGUGAUAAGAACCCCUGCUGUUGUUAGUUUCAGAUACUACACUCUUCCUUAUGGUUGGCCUGCAUCUGGCUCACACAUUUGUAAAUAGUCCCUUGAUUAAAAUCUUCCUCAAGUUAUCCUAACUUGAAUGUGCUGUUUCCUGCUGGGACCCUGACUGAUACACCCUCUGGCCUAGCAAUCCUACUUCUGGAAUCUUUCUCACACUUAGACUUGACAUGUGCAGAAUAAGGCAUUUCCAAGAUUAUCCAUUGCAGAAACAGUUGGGAGCCACUCAGAUGUUCGUCGUGGGGACUGAUUAUAUAAAUCAUGGUAUGUCCAUAGAGUAGACUAUGCAACUAUUUAAAAACACAAGGAAAUUCUCUUUGGUGCUGGUGUAGAAAGAUCUCCCAAAUAUAUUUUUAAGUAGAAAAAGCAGGAAUUGGACAGGGAAUGUAUAUGCUAUCUCUGUGUAAAAAAAAAAAGGGCUGGGGGGGCAUAAGAGUACAUGUUUGUUUUUGCUUAUGCAUGAAGAUAUUCUGAAGAACUCACCAAAAAAACAAAUAAAAAUAGUUUUCUGAAGGAAGCAAGACUUUUCACUAUUUACUUUUUUGUAUGUUUAAAGUUUUGGAACCAAAUGACUGUGUUAUCUGUUCAAAAGUUAAAUUUAAAAUUUCUACCUGCCUAGGUAGGGAAUUGGUCCCAGAAGCUGAGGUAAAGCUGCUCGUGUAAUGAGAUGUGAAAGUAAAGAAAGGACAUAUAAAAUAACAAAGAUGGUUUUGAGCCAGAAUGUCUCAGCGGUUGGACCACUUAAUUUGUAUCCCAUGGGUAUGUAUCCCAUGGUAUCACUGUGUCAUCUGUUCCAUAGUUUAUCAGUAUUUAUGAGUUGGUCACUUCUCCCCAGACAAGUGCCAUGCAUUGGAGAGUAUAUGACAGCCUUGUUCCCCCACCUACUAAAAAUGCCCCUAACCCGCCCCCCGACUCGCCAAGUCGUGGUGACAUCCAGGAAACAAAUGAGAAUCCCUACUUCCCAUCACCAAGACCUUUCUUCUUCCACCAACCCUGUGCACAUCAGCCUCGUGUUUGGUAUUUCGUAUGUUUUGCCUGAUUUUUCAGAUGAAUCUUGCACUUUAAAGAUGACAUUACGAAAUUUGCAGUCAAUCUUAUCAUGGGAAUUAAAAAACCAUUCAAUUGUACCAACUCACUAUACAUUAUGGUACACCAUCAUGAGUAAACAAGAAGAUAUGAAGAUCGUUGGGGACUGUACAAAUAUCACAAGAUCAUUCUGUGACCUAACAGAUGUGUGGGUAAACAUGACAGAGAUGUACAUCCCCAAAGUGGUUGGAUUCAGAGGGAACGCAGCGCUGGUCAGUUGUGUGGGCUCUUUCUUCCUGGCAAUGGACACACUGCCUUUGGACCCACCAGAGUUUGAGAUUGUUGGUUUUACAGACCACAUCAGUGUCAAUGUGAAAUUUCAGUCUGUCGCUCCCAAGAUACUAAAUGAGGAAGAAUUACAGUUUUACUUAGCAUUAAUUGAAGAACAGUCAGGGGGGACCGUUAAGAAGCAUAAACCCCAAAUAAAUGGAAACGUCACUGAAAAUUUCAUUUAUGUCAUCGACAAGUUAAUUCCAAAAACAAACUACUGUGUAUCUGUUUAUUUUGAGCCUAAACAUCCAAGAAAAAUAAAGAGAUCUCCCUUAAAAUGUACCCUCUUUCAACCUGGAUGGGAAUCAGAGUCAUCGGAAUCUGCCACAAUAGGAGGAAUAAUUACUCUGUUUCUAAUGGCUGCUGUCGUCAUAAGCACUGUAAUGAUGCUGAAACGGAUCGGCUACAUAUGCUUAAGAAAUAAUUCCCCCAAAGUUUUGAAUUUUUAUAAAUUGUCAGUCUGGGUAUUUCCCGAGCUGCCUCCGUUGGAAAAAGUGGCUACCGUGGAGGUCAUUCACAUCAACAGAAAGAAGAAAGUGUGGAAUUAUAAUUAUGAUGAUGAAAGUGACAGCGAUAAUGAAGCAGCCCCCCGAACAAGCGCAGGUGGUUACACCACGCACGGACUAACGGGCAGGCUGUGGCCCGCCUCUGUGUCCUCGGCCACCUUGGAGGACUGCAGUGACCCGGCUGCUGAGGAGCGUGACCUGCCCGAUCCCGAGGCUGAUGCUGAGACCCUGAUGGCACCAGGGCCCAGCCCCUGGCAGUCGGAAUGCACAAGUAGGGGCUACCAGGGGAGAGGGAACCUGCUGCAGGACCCCUUUUCCGAGGAGGACAGCAGCCCCACGGAGGGGUCUGGGGACAGAAUUGUCUUCAACGUGGAUUUGAACUCUGUGUGCGUGAGGGCCCUUGAGGACAACGACGACUCAGAAGUCACUCCAAUGUUACCAUCUGGUCCAGAAGAGACAGUGGUGCUAGAGGACCCCGACGAGACAGAAUCGAACCUUCUUCUGGUGGCCAGUGGAGAAGGGACACAGCUGCCCUUCCCCGGCCCCUCUGCGCAGUAUCCGUGGCCUGAAGAUUCUCCUUCUGAUAAAAGUGACACUUCCGAAUCGGAUGUUGACAUGGGGGACGGUUAUGUAAUGAGAUGAAUGAAUCAAGAAAUAUUUAAUUAACUUGGACACCUGCUACCUCCGGUGCUGUCCCUCCCAGCACCCGCACUUGCUCCUUUGGGGUCUCCAAGUGUUCUCCGACGGAAAGAUUAGGAGACUGGUGACAACAGCUGUGCAAAUUCCCAGUCUGGGGGAAGGGGAGGUGGGAAACAGAGUAUUCUGGUACCAUUCAGUGCGUUGUUUACCAGUUCAAAGUGAUUUGCUUUGAAGGGAAAAGGCCCUGCCCAUUCCCUUUAUUCUCAUGGAUGUCUAAUGUUUCUGCAUCAUGUUUCCCAGAGUAAAGAGCAGGGUUUAUAGCAGGAGCAGUCAGCAUUGUUUACCAAAGGCUCCAGGGAAGAGCUGGAAAGCAGCAGAAAAAGAGGAGGGAGGCUGGGCUGCGGGAGGGAAAGGAGGGGCACACACCAGGAAACAGAAGCACAGGCUUCGGGUUGGGUUAGAAGUAGGGAAGGUCCAGCCAAGUCUUGGGCACCUCCCUGAUGAUAUUCUGUCGCCUACACUCUUGAAAAUUCAACUCUCAGCCCCUUGCACAACCCUCCUCAAUCUGAGUGAGGAAGACAGACACACCAAGUGCGGGCCGGGUGACUAAUACAGAAACAUUUGCAUGAGGGAGAGGGACAGAAUCUCUGUGUCAUAUUUUAAGAUUUAAUUUUGUACAAUGGUUGGAGGUUGGUAAAAAAGAAAACACGCUUUUUAAUAUAAAUUUGGGAAUGUC